UACCAGUGUUCCUCUCACACUUUCUCUCUUUAUAAAUACCUUGGAACAUAUUUUGCAGGCAUAAAAAUCAAACGAAGAAGAAGAAAAAGAUGAGGCCCAAGAUGGUUCUUUUUGGUGACUCCAUUACUGAAGAGUCAUUCAAUAAUAGUGGCUGGGGUGCCUCCUUAACUCACCACUUUGCUCGUGUGCUUGAUAUAUUGGUGAGGGGGUAUAGUGGGUAUAAUACAAGGUGGGCACUGAAGGUGCUGGAGAGGGUGUUUCCACCACAGGAGAAGGAGGCACCGGUGGCUAUAAUAGUGUUCUUUGGUGCUAAUGAUGCUGCUCUUCCUGAUAGAACCUCUGCUUAUCAGCAUGUCCCUCUUGAUGAGUAUCGCCACAAUCUCCACUCCAUUGUCUCCUAUUUCAAGGAACGGUGGCCUUCAACUCUUGUUAUCCUCGUCACUCCUCCACCAAUAGAUGAAGAUGGACGUCUUAAGAACCCUUUUGCUGAGGACCCUUCUGGACUACCAGAAAGAACUAAUGAAGCUGCAGGUGCUUACGCGAAAGCAUGUGCUUCAGUUGCUGAAGAAUACAAAAUUCCAGUGAUUAAUCUCUGGAACAGAAUGCAGAAGUUUCCGAACUGGGAAAAACUUAUGCUGAGAGAUGGUCUGCACCUGACUUGUCAAGGAAACAAGCUCGUCUUUGAUGAAUUGAUUAGUACCCUGAGAAAAGAAGGUUUGAGCCUGGACACUCUACCAAUGGACCUCCCAGCUCUCUGCGAAAUCGAUCCUAAUGAUCCCCUAAAGUCUUUUGAAAUGUGAAUUUGAAUUUCUAUGGUGUCAAUUCCCUUUUGCUCAUAAUUCAGUUGAUCUUUUGGUUAAAAAACUAGUUUUCAUAACUAAACUUAACUAGAAUCAAUUAUGACUUGAGAUUUUCAAUGCUAUGGACUAUGGUACUGUAUUUCUGGUUCUGCUUGAUGUUCUAAGUAACGUUCAGGCUAAUAUGUUGAACCUGCUUUCUAAUGUCUACUAAUAAUUGGAAGGAACAAA